CAAUUAAAUUUCAUGUUGUCUUUUUCUUCCAACAUUCAUACUCUGUGGCGUGGGUUGCACGCGCGCUCUCUGAUAUAUAUAGAAAGCUCAACCUCUCAGAAUCACCGAUCGCCCGCCGCCGGAGAAAUGCAAUCGUUGCAGGAGAAGGCGUCGGAGUGGAGCGGCGUGCUGGAGAGCGACGCCUUCGCGAUUGAUGAAACCAACCUAUUCAACGCCCUCGGUGGCGGCAUCAAGCCCUUCGUCGAGCUGUCCACCAAUUUCUACAACAGGGUUUAUAAUGACGAGGAGGAGUGGUUCCGAUCGAUCUUUGCCGGGUCGAAGAAGGAGGACGCGAUUCGGAAUCAGUACGAGUUCUUUGUGCAGAGAAUGGGAGGACCUCCUCUUUAUUCCCAAAGAAAAGGGCAUCCUGCACUGAUUGGGCGCCAUCGUCCAUUCCCUGUUACUCAUCAAGCAGCAGAGAGGUGGCUACACCAUAUGCAGCAGGCAUUAGAUAUUACCCCAAGCAUUGACGCUGAUUCAAAAAUAAAAAUGAUGAAUUUCUUCAGGUUAAAGACAUCAGGUGUUAUUAGUGUAAACACCACAAACUCUGGGUGUCAGGCAUGCAAAUACGUAAGAAUUGUGUG